AUGAACAUAACGGGAAAACAUCAGCUACGUCAGCGCUGGCGAGACGUCUGGGCAAAAGCCCUAGACGACAAGGAAAGCACAGUGAGUUCGGUGCCGCUGUGGACUUGGAGAGAGCGGUUCCUGAAGCAUCUCACCUUCCUGCACCGUUUGUCUUUCCAGGUGCUGCUGUCGGGACUCAUUGGCGUUGUCUCCUGGAAAAGGCCUCUGUCCCUCGUGGUCACCUUUUUCAUGCUGCUCUCCGCGGUGUGCGUGAUGCUGAACCUGGCCGGCUCCAUCCUCUCCUGCCAGAACGCCCAGCUCGUCAGCGCCCUGGGAGCCUGCCAGCUGAUUAAGUUUGACAGCGUGGAGGUGUGCAUCUGCUGUGAGACGCAGCACCGGGCGGCCGGCUGCAGCAACCUCGGGGAGACGCUGAAGCUGAACCCGUGCCUCUCCAACCUGCUCUUCAGCGUGUGCGCCCUCAACGUCCUCUCCACCAUCGUGUGCGCCCUGGCCACCGCCAUGUGCUGCAUGCAGAUGGUCUCCACCGACAUCCUGCACCUGUUCCUUCCACACCGGGCACACUCCUCCAGCCCUGCCUGCCUGACCCCGCACGGCACCGUCCUCCACCAGACGCUGGACUUCGAGGAGUUCGUCCCCCCUCUGCCGCCUCCGCCCUACUACCCUCCCGAGUACACCUGCACGCCCCCGGCCGAGGCCCACAGGGGCCUCCGCCUGGACUUGGCUCCCGCUCCAUUCGGCACCUUGUACGACGCGGCCAUCAACAGCCCCGGCCUGCUCUACCCCGCGGAGCUGCCCCCGCCCUACGAGGCCGUGGUGGGCCCGGCUCUGCCCAGCCAGGUCCCGCGCACAGACCAGCAGGGGGCCCAGACCAGCUCCCGGGACCCGGACGCCUCUGCCGGCUUCUGCGCACAAGAGAGCACCAGCCGCCCAGGCUCCCAGGGUGCCACCACUCUGGGCCCCAGCCACCUGUCCCCCGAUGGCCCCAGCACUGUUCCAGCCGAGGGACAGAAGUGGCCUCUGCCCGCGGUCCUUCUCCUGGCCACGUGGCUGUGCCGUGCCCAGCCCCCGGCCCCGCUGGUCUCCCGGUCUCGCUCUGCCGUGGCUGCCUGUGCCGGCCGACACCAGCUGUCCCCACCCGGGCACCCUGACAUCUGGGAACCGCCGGGGCACCCAGAGCCCGAGGCCUCACCGGCCGUCGCCAAACAGCGGCCGCGCUCCGUCGUGGACAGCGAGGCCCACGCGGGCACCGGGGGCCUGGUGGCUAAGUUUCUGGGGCGCUCCAGCCGCCCCCUCUCGAGCCCUUGGGACAAGCCGCUGCUUCCAGUUUUCUUGGAUCUGCACCCCCGCCCCCCGCCCCGGACUGGCCUCGAGGGUGGAGGUCUGGGGGAGAGGCCCGUGACCCCAGAUCCGUGUUGUCCCGAGGAAGCGGGUCUCUGCUGGCCCCGCCAGGCGGUGGCAGCCCCGUUGGUGUUGGGAGGACCCAGGCUGUUCACCAUUUCUGUGCGGAACACCCCGCUGUGGGGCGUCUGCAGGAGCAGCCAGCAGCUGGCACCUUGUACUUGGCCACAUCCCCACGCGGGCCCUGGGGCACCUCUGCAGCCGUGGCAACACCUGGACCCACAGAGCAGCCACCAGCACCUGAACGGCCACCGAGCCCCCUGCACUGGACGAGGCCGCGACAGCCCCCGGGCCCGGCGUAGGGAGGACUGGAUGGGCCCUCUGCUCUGUGGUCACGGCGGCCGACGUGAGAAGGGGAGCCGGGUGUCCAGCCCAGGAACAGGUCGGGGAAGCAGCCGAGUGACGGUCAGCUGUGGCCGCCGGGAUCGACUGGCCGCUGCCUCCCGCCACUGGGCCGGAGGUUCCCGCCCCGCCUCUGGGACAGGCAGGACCCCGGGGACUCUGCAGGUGACACCGGACGGUGGCCCCGGAGAGAGGAGCCUGGCAGAGCCGCGCGCGGGACAGGCUGCAGGGACCCCAGGGAAGCUGGCUGCGUGGCACACCGAGUCAGUGGGCACGGCGUCCCAGCGAGGAGAGCCCGCCGGCCAUCAGGGCCUCGCGUGCACGUCCGUGGCCUGGUUACUGACGCCGUGGGCCCAGCAACAGACCGACCCCUGACGGCCCACAAUGCCGCCACUUCAGCUGGAGCCUGGGGAGAGUGACCUCGCCCCUGAGAAGGGGACCCGCCGCGGGGAGUCCUCUCUGCCUCUCUAGAAGGUUCCCCUGACCAAGGACACACGCACACGGCCCCACGCAGGCAGAGACA